AUGGACGUCCGCUACAGCCAGGAGCCGGAAGUGGGGAUGGUGCUGAAGAACGGACUGAAGGAAAGCAAGGAGGUGAAAGACUCCCAGGGGAGCCUUUCCAAAACACUCCUGAAGGAACCGCAGGACUCCUUCUCCUCAUCCGGAGCCAUGGAAAACUGUGAAAAGGGUCGCACGAGCACGGGAGAUCCAGACUACUGCCGGCGGAUUCUAGUUCGAGAUGCCAAAGGCUCGAUCAGAGAGAUCAUUCUACCCAAAGGUCUGGAUCUGGACCGGCCCAAGAGAACCAGAACCUCGUUCACAGCUGAGCAGCUCUACAGGCUCGAGAUGGAGUUCCAGCGGUGCCAGUAUGUCGUGGGCCGAGAGAGAACUGAACUGGCACGGCAGCUCAACCUGUCGGAGACUCAGGUGAAGGUGUGGUUCCAGAACCGGCGUACGAAGCAGAAGAAGGACCAGGGGAAGGACGCGGAGCUGCGCUCGGCUGCGCACUCGGAGACGGCGGCCACGUGCAGCGUGCUGCGCCUGCUGGAACAGGGCCGCUUGCUGACGCCGCCGGGGAUGCCCGGUCUGCUGCCACACUGCGCCAGCUCCUCGCUGGGCAUCGCUGCUAACGGAGGAUCUUCCUCUAGCAGCGGAAGCAGCUCAGCUACAGCGUCCAGAAGCCCUCCGCUGCCCGCCAUGUCCAGCUCCAGCACGCUAACCAGCGCCCACCAUGGGCUCUUCAGCUUCCCUGUGCCCACGCUGCUGGGAGCCGUGGCGUCACGGAUCUCCUCUGCGCCGCUGGGCAUGGCCGGCUCGCUGGCCGGAAACCUGCAGGAACUCUCAGCCCGCUACCUGAGCUCCUCGGCCUUCGAGCCGUACUCGCGGACCAACGGCAAAGAGGACAAAAAAGUUUUGGAAUAAUGUCCAUUUUCUUUAAUUCCUCAACUUUUUUUUUUGUUUAUGUUUUGUUCGUUUUUUUGUUUGUUUUUUUGUUUCUUUCUUUGUUUUUCACUCUGUGUUCUUUGUGUCAUCCGUGCCGUGGUUGUCAGUUCUCAUGUCUGUUCUUCGUGGUGUCAGAACGCACACGUGAGGCCUCUCGGGACUGUGACAAAGCUGAAUUCGGACUCGCUCGCCUUUCAGGACAGGAGGAGUUUCCAAGCUUCUUGCACUACUUUACACUUUCGACGCCAGGUCG